UAUAUAUACCAUCUUGUUCCACUUCCGAGUUAGGGUUUGGUUUCUACCGCAGAUCGCAGUUUCUUCCUUCAUUUCAUACUCUCUGGCAAAACCCUCGUCGACGGUGACCAAUCGGUGGAUCAAACAUGGACAAGAGCAUGCUAGCGGAUUUGGAUUCGCUCCCUGAGGCUGAUAAGCAAAGAAUGACUGUCAUGAUCGAUCAGCUCCAAAUCCGUGACAGUCUGAGAAUGUAUAAUUCACUGGUUGAGAGAUGCUUUAAUGAUUGUGUUGACACAUUUAAGCAUAAAUCCCUGCAAAAGCAAGAGGAAACCUGUGUACGAAGAUGUGCAGAGAAAUUUCUCAAGCAUUCUAUGCGGGUUGGCAUGAGGUUUGCCGAGCUCAACCAAGGAGCUGCUACACAAGAUUAAUUUCUGUUUAACUUCUUCCAAUGGAAAACUGUUAAUUUAUUAUUGUUAUUAUUUUGAAUGCAGUUCGUUUACUUGCAUUUUUUAUCCUGAAAAAUGAGACUGUAGAGAAUUCUAAUUUGCUAUUGGUACACAAUAAUUUGUGCUAAAUAAUGUCAUCAUUAUGCAAUCACAGUGUUUCUGAAUCCUGA